UUUGUUUCUUCUUUCAGUAAAUUUUCUUUUACUUUAUCCUCGUUUUUUUCUUUGUUGCGACGACGCUGGGUAAAUCAUCUGGACACUGGGUCUCACUAUCGCCAAAUAUAUUUGGAGAUCGGCUUCGGCUACGGCUUGGCAGACAUUUUUUUCUUUCUACAAUUUUAAAUUAAAUUUAUUAGAAUAAAUGCUUCGAACACACGCGAUCUAAGUACCUUUUGUGUUUAUUAUACCUUACCUACCUAGGUAUAAAAAGAGUACUUACGUAGAUUUUCUUUUAUUAACUGUUUUAUACGAAGAUCUUGAUCUCUCAAAUUAGCAUCCAUUUUACUUCCAGUGAUUAUCAACUAAAUUAAUAAUCCACAAAGUAUUAAAUAACGUUUUUAUGAAAUAUUUAGCACAAAAACAAUACCCUUUAAAUAUCGAUCGUCAGUAACUGUGGCUGACUUACCUAUAUUCUAGCAAGCAGGACUGCCAGAUGUGAAGGGGAAAUCCCCAAUAAAUUGUUGCAUGUGACUGAUGAUGUGAGCAUGUUCGUUUCAUAAUAAAAAUGUUGCCAGGUAACCAAAAAGUCGUAUGUUUUUGUGCGAAUUACGAUCAUAAUCUUUACGAUCGUACAUUAAAAAAUAGACAAAUAAUAGUAUGAGUACGAUUUAAAUCGUAUAUCUGUCAACCCUGCUAGCAAGACAGCGACAAAAUCACGUUGCAUAACAAUGUAGCCCAAGCUUAUAUCUUAUGAAAUAUACGGAAGAGAUACGGACUUAGAAAAAACAGAAAUGUUGUUCUUUGUGGAAGUCAUUGAUGAAAUUCUAUGUAUUUUAGCCCGCAAACUUUCUUCAAACAAAAACAGCGCCAUCUAGUAUCGAGUUCUGUAAUUAUCUCUUUGUUUAUGGAUUUGAAGUAAGACCGCCACGCAUGCAAUACAUUAUGACUGGGGAUUCCCUAUUCGUCGACGCUGAAUAUGAGGCGACGACAAUCACUGUCAAACGUGUUCACUAUUACUCUGACUCUGGUAACGUGACUUCCUGGUAACGUGUUAGGUAGGAAAAGCAGUAAAAAAGUGCAUAUUAAGGGAGCAGAUUUGAAAUAAUAUUUAUACUUAACAAGAAAUAAUUAAAGGUUCAAUGGGGAGACCUAAAGAUUUACGCAUAUGGGAGCACUACCGUACUUUACCAAACAAGUCUGUUUCUUGCAAGCUUUGUAAUAAGGUCUACAAAUUCAGUAAUGCUGCCAAAAUGCUUCAACAUCUUAUCACUUGUCCAAAAUCUCCAGAAACAUUAAAAGACUCUAUGAAACUUAUAAAAGAUAGCUCGUCCAAAACCAAAAUGUCUGGACUGUCAGAGAUAGAGACAAAUGAUUCUUUUAUAAGCCCCUCGUCGUCUGCUAACACUACAAUAAAUGCUGAGUUUCAAGACACCGAUGAUCAUAUAAAAACAGAAUUAGCGAGAGCUAUAUUUGUAACAGGGACGCCAUUAUCGAUGGUGCAACAUCCUUUAUGGAUACAAUUUUUCGAAAAAUUGCAACCAAAAUUUAAAAUACCUUCACGUAAAGCUUUAGCGACAAAAUACUUAGAUAAAAUAUAUAGAGAAAUGCGUUUUGAGUUAAAUGAGGAACUAAAUGCUUGUAGUUACUUACACCUUCAGUGCGAUGGCUGGUCUAAUUUAAGAAAUGAAGGAAUAAUAAACUUUCUUAUAUCAAAACCUCAACCUGCAUACGUUAAAAGUUUGAAUACAGAAAGUAAUCCUCACACUAGUGAAUACCUUAGCCAAGAAGUUGAAAAAGUAAUGAAAGUGUAUGGAGCAAAUAAGUUUCUUGUACUUAUUGGCGAUAACGCUAGAAAUAUACAAAAGGCAUUCGAAUUAACAAAACUCAAAUAUCCACAUGUUGUUCCUCUCGGUUGCUGUGCACAUAUCCUUAACUUGUUGUGCCAAGAUAUUGUAAAGAUACAAGAAGUAACUGUGUUUAUUAUGCAAGCCAUAAAUAUAAUAAAAACUGUUAAAAGGAGUCAACGAUUAAGUUCCUUGUUGAUAAAAUCAAGGCAGGGUGAAGAUUCUACACAAACACUAAAAUUGCCUUGUGCUACAAGAUGGGGAAGUCAUGUUACUUCGUUAAAAAGUUUGAAAGCAAAUAAGAUAGCUUUGCAAAUAUUAACAGUUAGAGAAGAUGUGGUAAUUUCAAGAGAUAUUAAAGAUUUAAUUCUAAGUGAUGAUUUCUGGACGAAGACAGGGGAAUGUAUAAGUAUUUUGGAACCAGUCACUGAAAGCAUAUUUUACUUAGAGAGCGACCAGAAUCGUUUGCAUCGCACAUACAUUACAUUUAGAGAUGUACAAGCUAAGAUACGUUUUGCAUUAAAUGAGAUUUCGACAUUGAGCGAAGAAAGCAAACAGCAGAUUCUAACAUCAGUAUCUUCAAGAUGCAAUAUGGCAAUGAGGCCAAUACAUUUUGCAGCAUAUAUUCUAGACCCCAGGACUCUAGGAGUCGAACUUACUCAAGAGGAAGAACUUAAGGGUAUGGAGUUUAUCUACAAUUUAAGCCAACACUUAAGUUUGUCAAAUGUAAUGGCAGAUUUGGCGUGUUAUAAAGCUAAAGAAAACUUUUGGGCCAGAGGAUUUGUAUGGAGCUCAUUAGAUAGCAUUGAGCCCCUAAUAUGGUGGAAAGGUAUUUGUGGUUCCACUGAGUUAAGCAAAGUAGCGAUUCGUAUUCUAUCAGCUCCCUGUACUUCGGCAGCCACUGAGCGUUCCUUUAGUAUCCAAGGCUACAUACAUAAUAACAAAAGAAAUCGACUUACAACUGAAAGAACUGAAAAAAUUUCAUUCAUUUGUUAUAACUGGAAUCUUAAACAUAAAGCUGAAUGCGAGGACAUUCAGUUUAAUGAAGAAAAUACCUUAGAAGCUUUCAUUGAGCAAGUAAAUGAACAUAACAGUUUAGACGAAAUAGAGCCUAUCGAACCUAUACAAUUCAUCGCUUGUAAUAACUCUGAAUCUGACAGUGAUUGACUGUAGUUUUACAUUUUACUUUCAUCUCUUUCUUAAUAAACUCAAAAUCAAAUUAAAAGUUUUUUAUUCUGUAGGCUGCAUAAUAAUAUUGUCUAUGUCCAGUAUAGUGGACGUCUUGCGGCUGAGAUGACGAUGAUGAAGUACAAAAGCAUAAACACCCAAAAAUUUGGGUGUUUAUGGGGUUUAAACCCAAUAAACCCAAAACACCCGGUUUUUACCCACCAGACUUUAAACCCACCCAGGUGGAUUGCCCAUCUCUAAAUAGACUUGAUUUUUUUUUAAUAAGUAUAAAAUGAGAUAGCAGAUUCCCUAUUUCGUUCUUUCUCAUCCAUAUAUUAGAUUCAACAUACCUACAUUUUUAAUGAUCUAGUACUGCUUGGUAGUUUGUUCAUAGACACAAGUUCAUAAUUUACAAAACAAAAAAAUAACUUUUUGGAAAAUGCAAUAGCUGAGUUUCUUGUUCAUCCUGCUCUGUUGAAAUUACAAUUGUAUCCGUAUCCAGUAAAUUCCGUAACUAUGGAUAUAGUCCUCAGGUUGACCACUAGAUGGAGUUAUUAUUUUCUAUAUAAGGCAAUGUUAAGAUUUUCUGACAUGUGUCUAAUACAAGAAUAUAUUGAACGAAACAAUCAUAGCUGUCACAGUUCAAGGCCAUAUUUAUUGAUUGUAACCUCAAUUAUAAUAUAUCUAUACUCACGGAUGUGAAAAACGGUUUGUCCAGUAAUCUUAUUCAAAUUACAACUCAGUAAAGUCACAAAAUUCUUAAUUUUAAGCUUACCUUAAUAAAUUAUUUCUUUCCUUUUUUAUGAAUGAAUGAAUGAGUAUACUUUAUUUGCAUUAUACAAUAUAGGAAAUAAGCAAGCCAAUUUACAAACAUAACGAUACAGUUGUACAAGUACGGUAAGGCGGUCUUAUUGCUGAGAGCAAUCU